AUGGCGGAGCUGCGGGCCUGGGCAGGAUCCAGUGUGUUCCGCAGGGCCCCAGCGCGCGCUGCGUCCCGCAGGGCCCCCAGCAGCACUGCCGUGCCCGUCAGGGUGACCCAGAGGCCCCAGGACCAAGAGCCAAAUGCCAGCGAGGUGUCGCACAAUGGAAGUGUGCAGGAUGUCAAAUUGUAUAACCCACUUGGAGGUUUGCAGGCACAUAUCAGAGAGGCAUGGUCCAAAGAACAGGAAGUGGAGAAAGGCAUUAAAAGUUUGACCUACAUUGAAAGAUUGAAGGAGCGUGUAAAGAAAGUGAAAAUACCAGAGCUCAGGAGAGCCCCAUGCAGCUCUCCAGAUCUUGUGCCUGAGAGGAAGAGAACGAUGCCCACGAACCCUGCCAAAUUCUUCCAGAGACUUUCCAGGACUGUUUCCCAACGACCCAUCAGAGACAGGGUGAUUCAUUUACUGGCUCUCAAGAAUUACAAGAAGCCAGAGCUACUUUCCCACUUAGAAAGAGAGGGAGUUGUGCAAAAGGACAAGGAAUCUCUUGGAAAGAUCCUUCAGGAGGUAGCCAACCUGGAUGCAAAUGAGAAUUCUUUCAGCCUGAAGGAACAUUUCUUUAAAGACAUCCAGGAAGAUUGGCCUGGCUACACUGAAAGAGAUAGACAGACAUUGGAGGUGACCCUUUCUCAAAAACCAACUCCAUCUCAGAAUUCCACCAGCACCAGCCAGUCACCAUCUCUGGGACCUUCUGAAGGAGAUACUCCACCCAGAACUGCUCAGAAACGGCCUCUGGAUUCUGACUUUCUCAGUCCUGUGAUGGGCAAGAAGCAGAGGAUUGACCAAGAGCCCAGUGAUGUCCAGCCAGCAGCUGGUGGCCACUCUCCUUCUUUCUUGGACCUGCCUUCCACAUCCUGUUCAAUUUUGAACAUGUCUCCAAGUGUCAGAUCCAUUUCCGCUUCCACCGAAGUACAACUGAAAAAUAAGGUUCUGACACAUUCUGGAUUCCCAGUGUCUGCCAGGGUGCAGGGGAAGACUCCCAAGUCCAAAGGAGAAGAAGCAGAGGUCAGAGGAGCCCAACAAAACAAUCCAGGUCCUGUGCCUGAGAAGAAGAGGAUGGUGCCUAUGAGACUUGCAGACAUCGACUGGAGCGUCUGCGCUGCUGUUCACGGCCGACCCUACAGGGACAGGGUGAUUCAUCUGCUUGCUCUGAGGGAUUACAAGGAGCCAGAGUUACUUGCUCGGCUGCAGAGAGAUGGAGUCAGGCCAAAGGACAAGGAUUCCCUUGGAAAGAUCCUUCAGCAGGUAGCCAACGUGAAUGCAAAGGAGAAUUCCUUUAGUCUGAAGGAACAUCUGUUUCAAACCCUUCAGAGUGAUUGGCCUGGCUACAGUAAAAUCGAAAGAAAGAGUUUGAAGUCAAUACUUUCUAGAAAAUCAGCUCCAUCUCAGAACCCCACCAGCAGCAGCCAAGCAACGUCUCCAAGGCCUUCUGAGACAGAUGCUCCAGCAAGACCUGCUCAGGGUAGCCCCAGCUACUCCGAGAUGAAGAGCAGGUGCCACAGGAGCAGUAGCUCCACAAAAAGCUGUCCCACAUUCAGCAAUGAGUAUCUGAAUUUGGCAAGCAGCAAGUCCUGGAGUCCUGGCACCAGUCUUCUGCUUCAGCAAAGGAUCAUCUAUGAGCUCCAGCUGUUUUAUUUUAAAAGAUGAUUAGCUUUUUAGGUUUCUUCAAGUUAGUAAUAAGGAGAUGAUUAUUUGUUAAAAAUGUAGGAUUAGUUAGUCUACGAUUAGAGACUUUAGUAUUGAACUUUAGCAAUAAAAAAGUUGCAUUAUUGUUAACUCCUUCUCUUAUCAUCAGUUUUAUCAUAUUUGGAGAGUCUUUCUUCUGGUCAAUUCUUCUCUUCAAGACUUAGCUCUGUCCACUGAAUGAAACUUAUCAGUAGAGAAUGGAAGCCCAGUACCUUUAUUAUAAAAUUGUGCACAUAUUAAGAAAAUAUUGUAGCAAAUGGAAUUUCUUUAUGACAAGAAUAAGCCUGUUUUCUGAUUUACUUGUUAAUUUAAAAUCUUUGCCUUAAGGGAUGGAAAGGGUAGAGGACAACCU